GGCCCUGCGCCGCAGCGGGGCGUCGUGCGGCGCCGGCCCACUGUGUGAGGGGCGGGAAGGCGCCGUCUCGGCCUCCCGGUUACCGGCAGCCACGGUUCGCUGCCGCCCUUUGGGUGUGCGGCAGUGACAGGCGCUGCGGGGACAACAGUCGGGCCUGGCGUAGUGGGGGCGCGGCUCCGGCAGCAACAUGGACAGGCGGUGCUAUGGGUGUGCGUCCAAGUUCUCGGUCUUCAAGAAAGAGUGUGGAUGCAAGAACUGCGGCCGGUCGUUCUGCUCGGGCUGCCUUAGCUUCAGUGCUGUCGUUCCCCGCUGUGGAAACACUCAGCAGAAGGUGUGCAAGCAGUGUCACGGAAAGCUAACUGGAGAGGCAUCUCAAAGCAGUUCAGCAAAAUGGUCGCCACCAGAAAACUACAAAAAGCGUGUAGCAGCUUUUGAGGCUAAGCAAAACCAGCUGAAAAAACAACAGAAGGCAGCUGGGGAGCCCCUACGUCCAGUAGGCUCCAGAUACCCAGGGCUCUCAAAAGAGGAUAGAGCUAUUGCAGAGAGACUGGAGAGGCUCAGGCAGGAAAGGAAGCCGAAAUCCAUCCCUACUCAGGCUGAGAUCGAAGCUAGGCUGGCUGCGCUGAAGGAGGACUGUCGAGGACCUGUUCCAUCCACACAGGAAAUGGAGGACCGGUUGGCUGUCCUGCAGGGGAGAGAUCCUCCUUCCCAGGCUCCCAGACCUGUACACCGACCUCCUGAUACCAGAAGUCUGGUCCAGCAGACUGAUGACCUGUUAACUCAGCUGUCAGAGGAAGUUAGCAUUGAUGAGCAUUACAGACCAAGAAUCCAGCCUCAAGCUGUUAGUAGCCAGAAUUUGAAUGAUCUCAAUCGGGAAAGUGAAGAUUGUGUUUGCCCUGCAAAUCUGGACCCAAAACAGCUAGAGGAAGAGAAGAAUAAACUUCUGGCAGAAGCUGCUGCUGAGCUGUGGGAAGAGAACACUAGACAGGAAAAGAUCCUACAAGUUGCCAAGAGACUUGCAGCACUCAGAGGCGAGGACCCAGAGAAAGUUACACUGGAAACCUAUAAACUCCCUGACAGUGAUGAGGAAGUGACUGAGGAGGAAGCCAUUCGCAGAGUGCUGAAACAGCUCGCAGAGGAAGCAGCCCUGGAUGAAGCAAGUGGAUUCAACAUUCCUCCAGAUCAGACCACCCAACCAACACCCUCCCAACAGAACCUGCAUAAGAAGGCAAAGCAAAAGAGCCAGACUCCAACCGCCACAGCUCUUGCCAGCACAGAUGACAGUGAUGAGGAUGAGUUACCCUGGUGCUGUAUCUGCAACGAAGAUGCCACUUUGCGCUGUCAUGGCUGCGAUGGGGACCUCUACUGCCAACGCUGUUUUCGGGAAGGCCAUGAUGAGUUUGACUUGAAGGACCACCACACCUCCUGCUAUCGUCUUCCGUGCAAGUAGAAGCGAUCACAGUCUUCAUGGGCAGAAAAGGAGAUGGAGAACAGGAAAAGAGAGGAGUUGUCCAGAUGGGAAGAGUCAAGUGGAUUUGCAGCCAAAACGGGUGAUGUUUUGGACAGUUAAAGAUGUGCUGUAAUCUGAGAGAGGCUUGGAGGGUGUGCAAUGCUGUCCUCCCAAGUACAACCAGAGGAGUACAGGGUUUGCUGUGCGUGCUUGGGGAUAAAUGAGGACUUGGUAUGAGGAGGCGGAUACGAGUCUAUAAAUACAGAUGGUAAGGCAAUGCGGGUAGCAGUAAAGAUGUGUGUUUAAGGCAGUACUGACUGGCUGAUAAGUAACUUCCUGCUUUUGCUAACAGCUUACACACUGGUUCAACAGGCAGCAAAGCACUUUGCACUAAGAAAACUGUCUAUGUCAUGAUCACCUGUGUGAUGAGAACUUCCAAAGCAUAAUAAAAACUAUUGUAUGGA